AUGGAGAACGCCAGAACAAUAGUCAGACAAGCCGUGCGUGCAAUUUACAGCCCCGAACAAGUUGUCAUAGUUGACACCUUGUCGCGCCACGAAAUCCUUUCAAUGACUCAACUGCGCUCGCUGUCUAUUACAGACGAUCACAGAUCUCUGAGAAAAUCCUGCGCUGAGCUUGAGCGUGACAGGAUCGUGUGUACGCGACAGUUGAGCGAGGAUGAGUCAUACGUCUUUAUCGACUAUUAUCAAGCUGUCCAUGAAGCGAACGUGCGCGAGUCAACAGCGGAGAUUGUGAGGCGCUACAUUUGUCCCAUUUGCACCACCAAGUGUGAUUUGAUCGAUGUUAUCGACAAUGUAGACUGCGACGGUAGCUUUCUAUGUAAGCGAUGUGUGACUCCAAGCAUUCUAUUCGAAGAACCGGUCAAACCAGACCUGCUGCCACGCUUCAACGACCAAUUCGCGCCUUUUUUACAUGUACUUCAGCGUCUCGACAGCAGCAGCAUUCCAAGAGUGACUUUUGAAGGUCUCUAUGCGCAGAAAUUCCCCGACGGCGAUGGCGCUUCUAAACGGCAGUGCUUGUAG